CCAGCGCUUGGCCUGAGCUGUCAAAACCCCGCCCCCGGAGACCCACAAUUGGUCCAAAAAGCGUAAAAUCAGCAAUCAAGGGGGGCCUGGCUCGUUAGCGCAGGGGAUCCGAGCUGGGCAGGACAUGUGAGAUAGUCACAGUUUUCCAGAGAUCACGACAAGAUCUAACCAGUCGCGCGUGGUCCCCGGCGCCGGAGCGGGCCAGCCCAGCCCAGCCCGGCCCCGCGCAGAGCCCCCGCCGCCCCCCGUGCACAGAUCCCCGUGCCCCUUGCGGUGCGCCGUACGGAGAGCCCGGAGGAGCAGCUGCCGCGCCCGCCACCCGGGUCGUCCGUCCUCCGCGCGCGCCGCCGUCCGGGCCGGGGGUCCGAGCCGCGCGCCCCCGGCCCCGGCCCCCGGGCGCCUGGGCCGGAUGUCCCGAUGAGAGAGCCGGCGCUGGCGGCCAGCGCCAUGGCUUACCACCCGUUCCACGCGCCACGGCCCGCCGACUUCCCCAUGUCCGCCUUCCUGGCGGCGGCGCAGCCCUCCUUCUUCCCGGCACUCGCGCUGCCGCCCGGCGCGCUGGCCAAGCCGCUGCCAGACCCGGGCCUGGCGGGGGCGGCGGCGGCGGCAGCGGCGGCGGCGGCAGCAGCGGCCGAGGCGGGGCUGCACGUCUCGGCACUGGGCCCGCACCCGCCCGCAGCGCAUCUGCGCUCGCUCAAGAGCUUGGAGCCCGAGGACGAGGUGGAGGACGACCCCAAGGUGACGCUGGAGGCCAAGGAGCUGUGGGACCAGUUUCACAAGCUGGGCACGGAGAUGGUCAUCACCAAGUCGGGGAGGCGGAUGUUCCCCCCCUUCAAGGUGCGAGUCAGCGGCCUGGACAAGAAGGCCAAGUACAUCCUGCUGAUGGACAUUGUUGCCGCUGACGACUGCCGCUAUAAGUUCCACAACUCUCGCUGGAUGGUGGCAGGCAAGGCCGACCCUGAGAUGCCCAAACGCAUGUACAUCCACCCAGACAGCCCAGCCACGGGGGAGCAGUGGAUGGCCAAGCCUGUGGCCUUCCACAAGCUGAAGCUGACCAACAACAUCUCUGACAAGCACGGCUUCACCAUCCUGAACUCUAUGCACAAGUACCAGCCGCGCUUCCACAUCGUGCGAGCCAACGACAUCCUGAAGCUGCCGUACAGCACCUUCCGCACCUACGUGUUCCCGGAGACCGACUUCAUCGCUGUCACCGCCUACCAGAAUGACAAGAUCACGCAGCUGAAGAUCGACAAUAACCCGUUUGCCAAGGGCUUCCGGGACACCGGGAACGGCCGGCGGGAGAAAAGGAAGCAGCUGACGCUGCCGUCUCUGCGCUUGUACGAGGAGCACUGCAAGCCGGAGCGCGAUGGCGCAGAGUCGGACGCCUCGUCUUGCGACCCUCACCCCGCGAGGGAACCACCGCCCUCCCCGGGCGCAGCGCCGAGUCCCCUGCGCCUGCACCGGGCUCGAGCUGAGGAGAAGUCAUGUGCCGCGGACAGCGAUGUUGAGCCAGAGCGGCUGAGCGAGGAGCGCGCAGGGGCGCCACUAGGCCGCAGCCCGGCUCCAGGCAGCGCCAGCCCCUCUCGCUUGACCGAACCCGAGCGCGCCCGCGAACGGCGCAGUCCCGAGAGGGGCAAGGAGCCGGCCGAGAGCUGCGGGGACGGCCCGUUCGGCCUGCGGAGCCUGGAGAAGGAGCGCACCGAGGCUCGGAGGAAGGACGAGGGGCGCAAAGAGGCGACCGAGGGCAAGGAACCUGGCCUGGCGCCGUUGGUGGUGCAGACAGACAGUGCGUCCCCUCUGGGCGCCGGACACCUGCCCGGCCUGGCCUUCUCCAGCCACUUGCACGGGCAGCAGUUCUUUGGGCCGCUGGGAGCUGGCCAGCCGCUCUUCCUGCACCCUGGACAGUUCACCAUGGGCCCCGGAGCCUUCUCCGCCAUGGGCAUGGGUCACCUGCUGGCCUCGGUGGCAGGCGGCGGCAACGGCGGAGGCGGCGGGCCCGGGACCGCCGCGGGGCUGGACACAGGCGGGCUGGGUCCCGUGGCCAGCGCAGCAAGCACCGCCGCGCCCUUCCCGUUCCACCUCUCCCAGCACAUGCUGGCAUCUCAGGGAAUCCCAAUGCCCACUUUCGGAGGCCUCUUCCCCUACCCCUACACCUACAUGGCAGCAGCAGCCGCAGCCGCCUCGGCUUUGCCGGCCACUAGCGCUGCAGCUGCCGCCGCCGCAGCCGCCGGCUCCCUGUCCCGCAGCCCGUUCCUGGGCAGUGCCCGGCCCCGCCUGCGCUUCAGCCCCUACCAGAUCCCGGUCACCAUCCCGCCUAGCACUAGCCUCCUCACCACCGGGCUGGCCUCCGAGGGCUCCAAGGCUGCUGGCGGAAACAGCCGAGAGCCCAGCCCCCUGCCCGAGCUGGCUCUCCGCAAAGUAGGGGCCCCGUCCCGCGUUGCCCUUUCGCCCAGUGGCUCGGCCAAGGAGGCGGCCAAUGAACUGCAGAGCAUCCAGAGACUGGUGAGUGGGCUGGAGAGCCAGCGAGCCCUCUCCCCAGGCCGGGAGUCGCCUAAGUGAGGGGCUGCCCUGCUGCUCCCCUGCCUCGCAGGCCACCGGGGCUGCCUGCCUCUGCUGCUUGGGACGUGUACAGCACAGAAUGGGUAUUUAUUUAAAUAAAGGAGAAAAGUGGGCUGCAGCAGCCGGAAUAGAGCCUCGUCUGGCAAGUCGGGGCCUGGGACACUUCCCUGGGCCUCAACAAGGAAUCAGGCUGCCGGAAACACAGUCACUUGGGAGCUGCUGGGCUUGGUCCAGAUCCACUCCAGCGUCAAGGUGGCAUCCGAGGGUGUCUCUGGUCUUCCAGCCCAGUGGGAGAGGCCUCAUCCGGGCCCCAGCGUCCCUGCAGAAGCCAGAAGGUGCAGGGGCCAGGGGUGGGAGCCCCGGAGGGAGUCCCAGAGCCCUGGGCCUUGGGCCUGUACCGCAGGAGAAAGCUGGGUUGAGGGAUGCUGGAGCCAGUGAGACUGAAGUCAGUGUAGACUUGAGCUGGGAGGGGACCUGUCCUGUUAGUCCCUCCACCUCUUUCCCGAAGAGACAGGCACCCCUCCCAGCCCUGGGUCAGCGUAGGGAGUGGCACUUCUGCCUUGAGUCCCCAGGGGAAAAAAAAAUAUUUAUGAAAUAAAUGGUAAUUUGUGUAAAUAAGCUUUAAGGUUCCCAGAAUAUGCAAAUUGGUAUUAAUUUAUUCAAAGGUGUACAUUGCUGUGUACAUAUAUUUAGAGAUUAACUCAUGCAUUUAAUUUUUUUUCCAUUUUACAUGAGCAUCUAUAUUGUACAGGGUUGGAGGGGCCCUCGGCUGCGGGAGAAGGCCCCGAGCCCCGGAGGAGCCCCCACCCCGCCGGCCCCUCGGCCCCUCCGCCCAGGCUUGGCUCGCCCGGCCCGCGGGCUCCACCUCAGGUUUUCACUUUUCGCUCCGGAGCGAGAACGAAACGACAAAAACGCAAGAAAACAAUAAAACGCUACAAAGCGAA